CUCUUCUAUUUUCCAUUUCGGCAGACCCAACAUUUAACCCAACCAAGCCCAGCCAAUCCAUCUCCAUACUUUUUGGAACUAAGCCCGAAUGUUCCUACUAGAUCAACAUCCGACAACUCAACCCAUCAUCAAAUGGCCCAGAUUUUCAGGAGCAAAAUCGGAAAAUCUUCCAUUCCCCAGUCCCACAAUGGUGGCCUUGAUCACAGAAGUCUUGGCAAGCAUCAUGAGGCUGUUGUUGUUUCCCAUGAAUGCCAUGAACACCAUCAGGAUAAUCAGCAUUGCUGCACUGGCAGCUUCUCUGAAGAUCACACAAGGAAAAAUUCUGGGUGCCAUGAACACCACAACCAUGCUCACCAUCAUGAUCCACCUGGCUGUACUCAUGGUCAUAAUUCCCAUGAUUGCGCUGAUAAUCAUGACCAUAAUCAUCAUCACAAUGAUCAUUCUGACCAUCAUAUUCAUGGAAGCCAGCACCACAAUUUUUCAAGAAGCUCACACACUGCCUUCCUUGAAGAUCAUAAUGGGGAAAAGUCUCACAAUCAUCAAUGUACAGGUUCACAUGGUCAUACUCACUUCUCAGACAGAUCCCAACAGAGCAAACUUUCAUCUGAUGUCAAGGAACCCAUGAAGCACCAGCAUCAUCACAUUGACCACAAUAUGGAAGGAAUCUUCUUGCAUGUCUUGGCAGACACUAUGGGAAGUGUUGGGGUUGUCAUAUCAACCCUCUUAAUUAAGUACAAAGGGUGGCUUAUUGCAGAUCCUGCAUGUUCAAUUUUCAUUUCUGCUUUAAUUGUUUCUUCGGUUAUCCCAUUACUCAGAAACUCUGCUGAAAUUCUGCUUCAAAGAGUUCCAAGGGCUCACGAGCAGGGUUUGAGAAAGGCCAUAAUUGAUGUUAAGAAGAUAAAGGGGGUAUCUGGAAUUCAAAACUUGCAUAUAUGGAGCUUCACCAACACAGAUGUUGUUGGAACACUUCAUUUACAUAUAUCUGAAGAUGCUGACAAGGCUUCUAUUAAAGCUCAGGUGUCACACAUUUUACAGGAUGCUGGAAUCAAGGAUUUGACAUUGCAGGUGGAAUGCAUCAAGCUGCGUUAAAUUCAAUUUUAAUUUAUAGGUGAGGUUUGAUGAUUUACAUAUGCCACAUGGAUACUGAUUCAUCAGUAUUCAGAGUUGAAACCAUAUCAUCAAAAGCAGCUGAUUGUUGCCGAAAGAACUUUGAACUACUCAGAUGCCUUCUCCUUUUUGAAGGGCUUGUAUAUGUUCCUCAGAGUUGACUGUGGCAGCUGAUUUUUUUUUUUGGAGAACUUAGAGAAAGGCGAUUUUUUUAUUGUGUUACUCCUAAGAUAAACAUGAAUGAAUGGAAUUGUUUCCG